AUGAUUGGCAAGUUGUCGGCCAAGCUCAAGACCCUCCAGGCGGACGAUCCAUUCCGCAUUGCCAUGACAGAGCAACUUCUACAAAAAAUGUACGAUUUGGGCAUUAUUGACACAAAAAAGUCUCUCCAAAAAGCAGACGAUGCCAAUCCUUCGGCCAUUUGCCGCCGGCGAAUUCCCGUGGUGAUGGUGCGAUUGAAAAUGGCCGAGACACUGCGUGUGGCUUGUACUCUGAUUGAGCAAGGUCAAGUGCGAGUGGGCCCCAAUGUGGUCACCGACCCGGCCUUUUUGGUGACCAGAUCCAUGGAGGAUUACGUGACUUGGGUGGACUCUUCCAAAAUUCGACGGACCGUGCAAAAGUACAACAAUAAACUGGAUGAUUUUGAUCUUUUAUAA